AUGGCUGUGCAAAUACCAGAAUCUGAUCAGAUAAAACAGUUUAAGGAAUUUCUUGGAACCUACAAUAAGCUUACAGAAACCUGCUAUGGAGACUGUGUUAAAGAUUUCACAACAAGAGAAGUGGAACCUGAAGAGCAGAAUGAAGCUCUAGCAGCCAAAGCAGGACUCCUUAGCCAACCACGCUGGAGAUGGAUGGACUUGGGGUGGGAUGUUGCCCUGGAAUGA